AUGGAAGCGAGAAACGAAGGGAAGCAGAAAAUUUUCGAGAUUUUCAAAGAGUUUAUGACAGGGAUCACAAAGCUUGAGGAACUAGGGAAUGCUGCAAACAACUUUCUUCUACGGUUUCAGCAAGGACUCAGCAUUCUUCAACGUCCUCCGAUAGUUACUUCGUCCAAGUUGAUCGAGAACAUUAUCAAGAAAAAUGAAACAAGACGGCUUAAAUCAUAUAUAGAAGCAGGAUGUAUUAACAUUCAUGAUGCUGCACAAAGCACAAGAGCUUUGCGUACAUCCUUAUCAGGACUUUCUGACCACUUAAUCAAAGCUCAAUGCUUGUUACGUGAGCUCGAGCGUCUCGCAGAUGAAGCAGGCCUUGGAAUGGAGACUGCCGCACAGGUAGAUAAAGAAUCAAGUGAUGAAUUAGUAACAUGUGAUGAGGAAACCACGACUCUACCUUUCCCUGAAGUUACGGAGUACGCUACACUUAUUGCAGUAGUUUACAGUAUGAUGAAGCAAAACUAUGCGAUGCAGGAAAAGAUUGUGAGAUCGCUAAGUUUUAAGUCAUCUUCUGGUGAACUAGAGACUUAUACUCUGAUGUGGGCUUUUUUCGUGGCUGCGUUUGACGUUGCCACGAAGAUGAUGGAUUACCAGAACAAGCUUGUUCUUGCUCCUAUGGUUCGUGUGGGAACGCUCUCUUUCCGAAUGUUAGCGGCGGAGUACGGCGCCGAUAUAACUUACGGAGAAGAGAUUAUCGAUCACAAGCUUGUUAAAUGCGAACGUCGAAUUAAUGUUGCUUCCGGGACAAUUGAGUUUGUGGAGAAAGGAACAGAGAAUCUUGUCUUUAGCACAUGUGAUGAAGAAAGAAAUAGAGUUGUUUUUCAAUUGGGUACUUCUGAUGCUGUUAGGGCACUAAAGGCUUCUGAGAUCGUGUGCAAUGAUGUUGCAGCUGUUGAUAUUAAUAUGGGUUGCCCCAAAGCAUUCUCUAUUCAAGGAGGGAUGGGUGCUGCUUUGUUAAGUAAACCCGAGCUAAUUCACGAUAUUUUGGCAACACUUAAGAGGAACUUAGAUGUACCGGUUACUUGUAAGAUUCGUUUAUUAAAAUCACCAGCAGAUACUGUUGAAUUGGCUAGGAGAAUCGAGAAACUUGGUGUACCAGCUCUUGCUGUACAUGGGAGGAAAGUUGCAGACAGGCCGAGAGAUCCUGCCAAAUGGGAUGAGAUUGCAGAUGUGGUCGCGGCAUUAUCCAUUCCUGUUAUUGCAAAUGGGGAUGUUUUAGAAUACGGUGAUUUUUCUCGCAUUAAAGCUGCAACAGGCGCUGCAUCAGUGAUGGUUGCAAGAGGAGCUAUGUGGAAUGCUUCAAUUUUCUCUCCAAAAGGAAAAUCACACUGGGAAGAUGUGAAAAAGAAAUACCUUAGAAAGAGCAUCUUGUGGAAUGACGAUGUUAAGAGCACGAAAUACACGAUAAAGGAGAUGAUAGCACAUCAUUCUUGUCUUGAACUACCUGAAGGGAAGUCUAUCAGCAAAGCAGACACUUUGGAAGAUCUAGCGCAGCUUUACGAGUUGGAAGAUUACUAUUGGACAGUGAAGAACAUUCGUCCUCUGACACAUGACUUGAAUUAUGUUUUGUGA